CUUUUAGUGUUUUGAGUCUUUGACGUUUACCUUUACCUAGGCCUAAACCUAGAUCUUAUAUAGAUUCUAGAUGUAGAUCUAGAUAUAAUUCUAGAUCUAUACUUACUUAUACUAUAUAAAUAUAGUCCUAGAUCUAAAGUACUAUAUUACUAUAUCUAACCAGUGAAAAAGAAUGACUUUAGGGACAACCGCUAAAAAUGAUACAGAUAUGCAAAAACCUCCAUUGGAGAAAAAAAAAGAGAAAGAUCAUACACCAACAAAAGUAGUGAUUAGACGAUUGCCCCCCUCACUGACACCUGAAGAAUUUGUACAGCAAGUGUCUCCAUUGCCUGAAUAUGAUUUUUUCUACUUUGUGCGAGCUGACAUGAGUCUUGGUCAAAAUGCUUUCACAAGAGCCUACAUUAAUUUCCUAGUUCCUGAGGAUAUCUUCAUUUUUAGGGACAAAUUUGAUGGAUAUGUUUUCUUGGAUGCAAAAGGUGGAGAGUAUCCAGCCAUUGUGGAAUUUGCACCAUUUCAAAAAGUACCGAAGAAAAAGCCAAAAAAGGUUGAUGCAAAAAAUGGAGUAAUAGAGCAAGACAGUGACUAUAAAAAGUUUGUGGAAAAUGUGUCCAAGCCACCAGAGGUCCCUGCAGUGUCCCUUGAUGCCAUGGUUGUAGAAGUGGAGACAAAAGAAAAUAGCUUUGCAAGGUCUGGAAGCAGUCGAGUGUCCACUCCACUUCUGGAAUACUUAAGGAAGAGGCGAGAGGAGAGAAAACUCAACAUAGCGAAAUUGAAAGAAGAAAGAAGACGAGGUGGAAUGAGAGACAGUGAUAGGAAACGGUCUGGAAAUGAUGAUCUUGAUCGCCGAAAGUCUUCAGACAAAGAUAGGAUGAGGGACAGGGAUCGGGAUCGUCACAACAGGGAUCGAGACAGGCUGAGAGAAAGGGACAGGAUUCGAGACAGGAGACGAGAAAAAGACCCUCCUAGGUCAGACAGGCUGAAGGAGGAAAAAGAUGGAGAAAGGAAGUGGAUGAAAGACACUGAGGGGACACCAAAGAUGCUUUUGAGGAACACAGAGAGGGAUAACGUGUCUUACGAUAAUACUGCAGCUUCUGAGAAGCCUACGAUAGUCCUGGAGAGAGAGAAAAAAGAAGAUAAAGAUCUUGUACAGGAGCGGUUGUCAGAGCCUGAUGCUGGGAAAGGAUUUAGAGAUAGGAGGUCAGAAGAGAUCAGGAUGAAGAGAAGCAGCGGAGGUACCUCUAAAUGGGACGAAAGAAGGCGGGAGGAUGAUAGAGAUAGGCAACGAGGGGGCAGGGUCAGGGGUUAUGAUGAUGACAGAGGCAGGUCGUAUAAAGAUCAAGGAGCCAGGAGUUUCAGGGACGAUGCUGAUCGCAGGCCAUUGGACAGGGAUAAAAACCGAGGUGAAAGGUACACAGACAGGGGCUAUAAAUACGGCAGCAGUGGUGGUUAUCGUGACAAGUUUAAGGAGGACAGAGGAGGAAAUGGCAGGAGAGGAGGCUAUAAUGACAGGGAUGAUGGGAGAGGUAGCGGAGACAGGGAUCGAGAUGAGAGAAAAGGUGGACUAGACAGAGAGGAGAGAAGAGAUGCUGGAAAGGACAGAGAGGAGAGAAGAAAUGUGGACAGGGAUGACAGGAGAGAUGACAGGAAAAUAGGAGCUGGUGAUGGCUGGAAGAGGAAAGAAUUGGAAACUAAGAAAUUUGAAAAGCCAGUGGAAAGAAAACCAGAAUUUGUGAGAAAUAAAAUUUCAGAAGAUGGAAAGAAAGAAGGCUCAAGUUCAAGCGGCAGAGAAAGUCUGGGUACAGAUUCCACCCGGGAUGACAAAUCGAAGGAGGAGGACAGGUCAAACCGAGGAGGAGGGCCUUCUGACCAGCAGACAGGCUGGGUAAGAGGGGAUGCCGGCAGCCGAUCUCAGAGGUCCACCCCUGACAUGUCUCCCCCACGCCACUCAAAAGAUGACAAUGAUGGCAGGGGAGACAACACUGAAGCCGAUGAAAAGAAAAGAAAGAAAAAGGACAGACCAGAGCGUCAAAUCUACAUCCCGAGGAGAGCCCUGGAGAGACAGAGGCAGAGUUCUCCGCAGACUUCUGAAAGUGGUAAAGACAGGCCCAAAGAAUCAAGCUCAUGAGAUGAACGACCCAUCUUAUCAGAGCCCAACAUUUAGGAAUGGUGUCUAAAGCAAAGAAUAGGACAUUUAUUUUAAACUUGACCAUACUUUCAGCUUGGGCAGUUGCUGUGGCGUAAGGGAGAGGUCUACAAAUAUAUUGAUUUAAAAACAACAACACUUAGAUCAGUGAAUUACUUAAUGCCAUCGAAGUUCUAAGAUUGAAAAAAAGAAGAAAAAAAAUUAAUACCAAGAUUUUUAGGAAUUUUUUUGUUUUCUCCAGCCAGACCAUUCUGUUCUAUUGACAUGUUCCACGAUUGUGUUGACUUCGUAAGUUUCUGCACUGCUUCAGAUAAGUUUUGUUACAUUCUAGUUGAUUUCAAAAUCUUCCUCUUCAUUUGUGAUUUAAACAUUUUUUUUUCUUGAUCCCCUUUAAAUACACUUGUCCAACAAAGAGAUACAGGAGACUCGUUCGCUUUUAACUCUUUCUCUCCUAACCGACGAUACAAACAUUUAUUCUAUCAGAAUGUGGUAAAUAAUUACGGAAAGAGUUAAAGAAUUUUGUUUGAAAUUGUAAAUAAAAUAAAGCUAAAUAGC